AUGGCUGCUACCCAGGGAGCUAUCUCGAAGCGCCGCAAGUUCGUCGCCGACGGUGUCUUCUACGCCGAGCUGAACGAGUUCUUCCAGCGCGAGCUGGCCGAGGAGGGUUACUCGGGCGUCGAAGUCCGUGUCACUCCUACCGUCACCGACAUCAUCAUCCGUGCUACCCACACUCAGGAGGUUCUGGGUGAGCAAGGUCGCCGUAUCCGCGAGCUCACCUCCCUGAUCCAGAAGCGAUUCAAGUUCCCUGAGAACUCGGUCUCCCUCUAUGCCGCCAAGGUCCAGAACCGCGGUCUCUCGGCCGUCGCUCAGUGCGAGUCCCUCCGCUACAAGCUGCUCAACGGUCUGGCCGUCCGACGGGCCUGCUACGGUGUUCUGAGAUUCAUCAUGGAGAGCGGUGCCAAGGGUUGCGAGGUCGUUGUUUCCGGCAAGCUUCGCGCUGCUCGUGCCAAGAGCAUGAAGUUCACGGACGGCUUCAUGAUCCACUCCGGUCAGCCUGCCAAGGACUUCAUCGACAGCGCUACUCGUCACGUUCUCCUCCGCCAGGGUGUCUUGGGUAUCAAGGUUAAGAUCAUGCGCGGUGCCGACCCGGAGGGCAAGUCCGGUCCCCAGAAGACUCUGCCCGACUCUGUCACCAUCAUCGAGCCCAAGGAGGAGCAGCCCGUCCUGCAGCCGAUCAGCCAGGACUACGGCGCCAAGGCUCUGGCCGCCCAGCAGCUCGCCGAGCAGCAGCGGUUGGCAGAGCAGCAGGAAGCGGAGGCACAGGAAGGUGCGGGUGUGGACCAAUAUGCACAGGAGUAA